CUACAAUUCUUGUUCUUGUUCAACUUCAAAUCCUUCCGACUCUCCCCGUUUUGGUGCUCUCUUUCUCUUCCCUUUUCUUCUUUCUUAUUUACAUUUCCCUUCGGAGCUGUUUUCAUCCUUUUCUUCAGAACUUGAUUGAGUUUUAUUUCCUUUCCUUUUGUGGUAUAAAUGCUUUUUGUUCUUUUUCCAACAGCGAGAAUCUAAUUCCUCCAUUCAUUUUUAAAAAAAAUACUAAUUCAUUCUAUAUUUUCAGAAUCUUCAUAUCCAAUAAGCUUUUCGGUGGAUCACUUUCACAUCUCCAUUCUUUCUUUGAACUAUACAGUCUCAUUAUAAAUAUCGGUUGCUGCAUUAUCUCGUUUUCAGUAAAAAUGAAUGUGAAUUCAAUUGUCGUGUUGAAAUUGCUUCUGCUUAGUUUUUGGCCAUGUCUGGUUUACUCGGAAGGAGAACAUGGUCGGUUACUAGUCAACAUGACUAUGGUCCAUAACGCUUCUGCUUUAGGAGCAUAUUGUUUGGAUGGAAGUUUGCCCGCGUAUCACCUGCACAGAGGAUAUGGUGCUGGAGCAAAUAAUUGGCUUUUGCAAUUUGAGGGUGGUGGGUGGUGCAAUGAUAUCAAAUCAUGCUUGGAUAGAGCCAAAUCGCGGCGUGGAUCAACUCGUUACAUGAACAAAUGGGAGGUAUUCUCCGGCAUUCUCAGCAACAAUGCGUCUUUUAAUCCUGAUUUCUACAACUGGAAUCGGGUGAAAAUCAGAUAUUGUGAUGGAGCCUCAUUUGCUGGUGAUGCUGAGUUCUAUAAUGGCGUAAAAUUCUCUAUAACUUGCACACACAUCAGUUUCUUGCAAGGGCAAAGAAUUUGGCAAGCUAUUAUUCUUGAUCUUCUCCCAAAAGGUCUGGGGCACGCGAAGAAGGCUUUGCUUUCUGGCUGCUCUGCUGGGGGUCUGGCAACCUUUUUGCAUUGUGACAACUUCACCAAUUAUCUUCCAAAGAAUGCUAGUGUGAAAUGCUUGAGUGAUGCUGGAUUUUUUCUAGAUGAGAGAGAUUUAAGUCUGAACCACACUAUAAGAUCUUUUUAUGAAGAUCUUAUUACCCUACAGGGGGUAGAACCAAAUCUCAACCAAAAUUGCACUUCUACUCUCUACUAUCCACACCUGUGCCUCUUUCCACAGUACGCAUUACCAUUCAUCAGAACGCCAUUCUUCAUCUUAAAUUCAGCAUAUGACGUGUACCAAUUCCAUCACAUAUUGGUGCCGCCUUCUUCCGAUCCUCGAGGGCACUGGAAUCAUUGCAGGAAUAAUGUUACUGCAUGCAAUGCGAGUCAACUAAGUAUUUUGCAAGGGUUCAGGAAAGAUAUGCUUCAAGCGUUGAGAGUUUUCUAUUAUUAUUCAAGAGGAGGUGGGAUGUACAUAAACUCUUGCUUCACCCAUUGUCAGAGUGAGACACAAAAUACCUGGUUUGCAGUUGACUCCCCUCUAAUACACAAGAAGACAAUUGCGCAGACAGUUGGCGAUUGGUACUUCAGUAGAAACGUUAGCAAGGAGAUUGAUAGUGCAUAUCCCUGUGAUACUACUUGCCACAACAUGAUAUAGGCUGAUGCAGAGAUCCAAUGGUGCUAUAUAUAAGCUGAUUUCAAAGGGUAAUUGGAACCCAGAAACUCAGCAGCUAUACAAACCAUAGACAAUACUGGUUACAUACUGCAGAUUGAUUCAUUUAGAAGUGGGAGUGUGGGACACAGUGAAGGAAUAUGUGUUCAUUUUUAUAAGAUUUUAUAAAUAUAUGUUGCAGAGUAAAAAAGCAGCAUUCUUUUAUUUAGAGAGGUUUACAGAGCAAAUGUAUACGUCAUCGUCUAACAAAGGAUUGGGUAUAGAUCCAUCAAGUUCUCCAGCUUUCAGUUUAAUAUGAUAUGCAGAACGUUGUGUAGCUGAAGCUGAAAAUUUCAUGUUCGAAUGUCGGGCCAAGAAAAUAUAUUCAUUAUUGUUCUGUUAA